AUGACACACCCAAACAACCUAACGCUACACAUCUUCUCUGCCGCCCUCACCGUCUCUCUCAGCCUCUCACUUCUCUCAUCGCCUCUCUAUCUCGCAGCCUUGGGUCUCCGCUUUUCGUCCUUAGGCGGCUCCGACUCUCUGCCUCGGCGCUCUCAUCUCAUCGUCUCUCUCUAUCUCGCAGCCUCUCCGGUUCCGGUUCUUCUCCAUAGGCGUCUUCGGCUCUUCACCCUCAGCGCUUUCGAGUUUGAAGCCCAAAUCUCAGCAUACCUUGAAGAUAUCGUCACUUUUUAUGACGGAGAUAAUGGCUGCUUGGUUGAGGAUUUUACUGGGGACUGGAUAGAAGCGAUUAGAGCAGUACACAAAAGUGGCCCCCUAGAUUUGAGGCUGAAGUUAGACUCUCACAGGGAAAAGGCUACAGAUGUCAAAGCAGUUCAGCAUCAAAACUUAAGCUACAAAUUCGCAUACCGGUAUCCUCCAUUGCUGCUACGCAUGGCUUCUGUCAGAACCUUUAUUCUUAAUGGCGCCCAUAGGCACUUCUCUCCCCUUCUCAGCCAAAAAUGCCCAAUUCGACUACUCACUUCUCACUGCCACCGCAACAGCCUCUUUUGCUAUUCUUCACCGCCGUCGUGCUCCCCCGCCCAAUUUACUCCCCAGCUCAGGAAUGAGUCGGAGAUUGAAUCCGACCCGUGGCAGCGGAGGCGGAACGUGGUGGAGAUUUUGGAGGAGAGGGGAUUAGUGGAGUCUAUCACUAGCGAAAACCUCCGUUCAAUUUGCUCCAACCCGAAUCUCCCACCCCUCAAAGUCUACUGCGGGUUUGACCCGACGGCUGAAAGCCUCCAUCUUGGAAACCUUCUUGGCCUUAUUGUUCUCUCCUGGUUCCUUCGCUGUGGCCAUAAAGUCGUUGCUCUCCUCGGUGGCGCCACCGGCCGCAUUGGUGACCCCUCCGGCAAGAGUGUAGAGCGGCCGGAGCUCGAUUACGUUACAUUGAAUCACAACAUCGCCGGAAUUUCUGCCAACAUUCGGCAAGUACUACUCUCUCCAGAUUCAUCUUACCUCACCUCCAACAUUCAGAUCCUAGACAACUAUGAUUGGUGGAAAGACGUGAAAAUUCAGAUCCUAGACAACUAUGAUUGGUGGAAAGACGUGAAAUUUCUCGAUUUCUUGCGAGAUGUAGGAAGGUUUGCUAGGGUUGGGACUAUGAUGUCGAAAGAAAGUGUGAAGAAGAGAUUGGAAAAUGUGGAGCAAGGAAUGAGCUACGCAGAGUUCACGUACCAGUUGUUGCAGGGCUAUGAUUUUGUGCAUUUGUUCGAAAAAGGUGUCACGGUUCAAAUUGGGGGCAGUGAUCAAUGGGGGAAUAUUACAGUUGGAACGGACCUUAUUCGCCAGAUAAUCGGAAAAUCUUCGGAGAUCGAAGCAGCAGCUUCUUUGGCUUAUGGUUUGACAUUCCCACUUCUCCUCAAGAGUGAUGGGACCAAGUUUGGGAAAUCCGAGGAAGGAGCAAUAUGGCUCUCACCUUCCCUCUUAUCACCUUACAAGUUCUACCAGUACUUUUUCUCUGUUCCUGAUGCUGAUGUGGUGAGAUUUCUCAAGAUUCUUACAUUUCUCACCAUUGAAGAGAUUGAGGAGCUCAAAACACAAAUGGGGAAUCCUGGUUAUGCUCCUAACACUGCACAGCGUAGGUUGGCUGAGGAGGUUACACGGUUUGUUCAUGGACAAGAGGGGUUGGAUGAAGCCCUGAAGGCUACAGAGGCGUUGAGGCCUGGCAAUGCAGAUACUAAAUUGGAUUGGAAAACCAUUGAGGGAAUUUCUGGUGAUGUUCCGUCCUGCUCGUUGCCUUAUGAUCAGGUGUUGAGUAUUUCAGUUUUGGAUCUUAUUGUUUCUAGUGGUUUGCUCGAGAGCAAGUCUGCUGCGCGUAGAAUGCUCAAGCAAGGAGGGCUUUACUUGAACAAUGCCCGAGUUGAUAGUGAGGCUAAGAAGAUUGAGGAGGACGAUAUUGUGGAUGGAAAAGUUCUGCUUUUGUCUGCAGGAAAGAAGAAUAAGAUGGUUGUUAGAAUUUCCUAACCCACAACUGCUUAUUUUUUAUUCCAUUGACUUGUAGAGACACAAUGCUAUCACCAUUAAAAUAGAUAAACCUUCAUGAUCAAGUUGUAUAUCUCACAUAAUUCUAUAUGCUAUCGAACCUUUUUGUAUCACACAUUGUCUAUUCUAAUAACAUUUUUCCAAAACCAGGUGGGUGGGAGGGAACAUUUGAUAA